CUGCUUCUGUCCCUUGGGGUCUGGUGUGGGGUCAUGCAGGAACAGGAAUCCUGGCUGAGCAAAAAAAACUGAGAGAGGGCCACAGGCAGGGACAUUGGGGUCUGGGGGUGCUGCUGGAGAGGGGCAUCUGAGAGGGGCUAAAGGGGCUGAAACAGACCCUAACCUGCUGGUAAGAGGGUGUGCUGCUUUGAAAGGGGGCUUGCACGGUGCAAGUGCCUGCUGGGGAUUUGGUCAGGGGUCCCGGCAGUGACCCCAGCCUUGAUGCCAAGAGCCUUCGGUGUCUGGUGUUUGCAGAAAUAAGAGAAACAGAAACGUAGCUCCGGGGCGGCUCCGCUCCCCCCUCGGCGGGGCUGCGGGCUCGGGGCGCUGCGGGGCGGGGGGGUGCAGGGAAGGAGAAAGAAUGGGGAGAGCAGAGAAGAAGCCGGGCGAGGAAGGAAGCAGCAAAUGCUGAGCCCGUGACUCACGGUGCGGAAUGACUAAUGACGGCAGGGAACAGCGCGUUUCGGCACGGGAGUGGGGCGGAGAGCCCGCUGGACAUCGCCGAGGGGGUCGGGGAGCCGGCGGGGACUCGGGGGGCGGCGGCGGCGCCCCCUGCGCCCUGUGCGCGCCCCCCGCAACCUCUGCGCGGCCAGGGCCGGUCCGGAGCCCCCGGGAUCCCCCCGAAACCCCCGGGCGCCGCUUGCGCGCCUCCUGCGCGCCCCCCGCCGCCGCUUCCCCCGGUCCCCCCCGCGGGUGGCGGCUGCCCGCGGCCGCCGGUGGCAUCGCGGCGGGAGGAGGAGCGCGCCUGUGCAGCGCCGGGAGGACGGGCCCAGCCUGCGCCGCGUUACACAACCGCCCGCCGCCACCGGGCACUUUCACAAGUCCCGCCGCGCAGCGCCGGCAGCCCGCCCGCAGCCGCUUUUGCGCCCCCCUGCCUCCGCCUUGCGCCCCGCUCCGCCCGCCCUGCCCCUGCCCCACUCGUGUCCCACCCUCCCCGGGCCAUGUCCCCCGCGGGAAGAGGCAGCCCGGGGUUGGAGGAGACCCCCGGUGCCGGGGGGGCAGCGCGCAGAGGUCGGGCAUGGCACUGAGAGCGGCUCCGGGACGCGCAUCCUGCCGAACGGAUUAAUUUUUCUCCGUCUCUAUUUACAUGGUGAUAAGAAGUGCUGAUCCCACUCUGUCAGUCUGGACUGAUGAAUCUGAGCAAUAGAACAGAGCCCUGUGUCGUGUAAACGAACUGAUGGAUGAAGAUGAGAAGGACAGGGCAAAGAGGGCAUCACGCAACAAAUCUGAAAAGAAGAGGAGAGACCAGUUCAAUGUCCUCAUUAAAGAGCUUUGCACAAUGCUACAGGGCCACGGCCACCCUCUCAAGAUGGACAAGUCCACCAUACUGCAGAGGACCAUCGACUUCUUACAGAAACAGAAAGAAAUCACAGCACAGACAGAAGCCUGUGAGAUUAGACAAGACUGGAAGCCUUCAUUUCUUAGCAACGAGGAGUUCACCCAGUUGAUGUUAGAGGCAUUGGAUGGCUUUCUCAUCGCUCUUACCACUGAUGGGAUUAUUAUUUAUGUAUCCGACAGUGUCUCCUCUCUGCUCGGACACUUACCGUCAGAUUUGGUGGACCAAAAUAUAUUAAACUUUCUGCCUGAGCGGGAGCAGAGCGAGGUGUACAAGCUCCUUUCUCCACACGUGCUCAUGACAGAUCCUGUUGCAGCUGAUUUUCUCAAUGUGGAAAAGCAAAUAGAGUUUUGCUGCCAUUUAGCAAGAGGCAGCUUAGAUCCAAAUGAACCCCUGACGUAUGAAUAUGUGAAAUUUGUAGUGGAUUUUAAAUAUUUUACUCAUGUGCCUACACCCUCCUGUAAUGGCUUUGAGUCAGCUAUUGCACGAGCUUUCAGGUCAGCCACAGAGGAGCAGAUUUGCCUCGUAGCGACUGUUCGUCUCGUCACACCGCAGUUCUUAAAGGAGCUUUGCAAUGUUGAAGAGCCAUGUGAAGAAUUUACAUCAAGGCAUAGUUUGGAAUGGAAGUUUUUAUUCUUGGACCACAGGGCUCCACCUAUCAUAGGAUACUUACCCUUUGAGGUUCUGGGAACGUCAGGGUACGACUACUACCACGCAGAUGACCUGGAGCUUCUCGCUAGGUGCCAUGAACACUUGAUGCAGUUUGGAAAAGGCAAGUCGUGUUACUACAGGUUCCUGACCAAAGGCCAGCAGUGGAUCUGGCUGCAGACACACUACUACAUCACCUACCACCAGUGGAAUUCCAAGCCCGAGUUCAUCGUUUGCACUCACCUGGUAGUUAGUUAUGCAGAAGUUCGAGCUGAAAGGAGGCGAGAUCUUGGCCUUGAAGAGUCAUCAAUUGAACUGGCAUCCUCUUCUAUAAAGAGCCACAGCAGCUACCUGGACAUGGGGCAGUGUGGCAGCAGCCAGGAAGGAGUGUCACUGUCGUCCCACAGCUCCCGCCGCUCCUCUCACACCGCGCUCUCCGACUCUGCCUCCACCUCGUCCAUGCGGCACACUGACACCAGCACUCCCACCCGGCCGGCAGUGCCGGAGAAGGCAGCCCUGCGGCUGGCGUUGGCUGGAGGUACCCAGGCUAUAGCAACUCCUCCAGCCACCGGCGAACACCUCCCUCAGCAUCCCGUGGCUCAGCCGGCAGUCCCCUCUCAGCACGCCGUGAUGCCAGUGUACCACUUCCCAGCCCAGCUGGGGAUGAUGCACCAGCUAAAAGAGCAGCUGGAGGAGAGGACUCGCAUACUGCAGGCGGACAUCAAGACACAGCAAGAGGAGCUCCAUGUCAUCAAGGAGCAGCUCCAGCUGGUGCAGGACUCCAACCUGCAGAUGCUGAUGCAGCAGCCGAUUCCCUUGGUCUUCAACAACGUGCAGCACCAGAGCCCCAGGAGACCCCCGCCGCCACCCGGGACACCCCGGCAGCCCAGCGCCAAGAAGUCCCCCCAGCCAGGCCCGAUGGGGACCAAGCACUAUGGGGGCCCCCACAUGCCCUCACCGCGCCAGUUCCUCAGGGAGCCCUGUGGCACAUCCUCCCAGGUACCGCAGCAGCAGCAGCACCUCAUGAGAGGAAACCAAGCCCAGCAAACGUGUCUGCCAGGGCAGACAAGCAUUUCAAUGCCCCUCUACAACAACCCCAUGGUGUUUUCACAAGCACAUCCCAUUACCGUGGCUGCACAGAUGCCGACAGACAUGAGCGAAAGGCAGCCACAGUCCGACUACAGCCAGGACAGGAGCCUCAGAAUGCUGCUGGACCAGUCCAUCCAAGCCAUGAUGCCCGCCGCCAACAGCAGCUCUCAGGCCGCGCUGAGCAGCACCAGCAGGCAGCAGGGAAAAUUCGUGGCGGAGCAGCAAACCUUGCCUCCCCCCGUGCAGAUGCAGCCCAUCACCUGCAGCACAGUCCGCCCCCCCGCCCCCUCGCCCGUGUUCUCCCCAUCCGUGGUGAUCCCCCACACCAGCUUCACCUCCCACCAGACCAGCGCCCCAGUUCACCUCCACCAGUGGCCGCAGCAGCAGGUUCAGCAGCACCGUCUCUACCUUCAGAUGCAAAGUCCUGAGGCAGUGCCGGGGGGCGCAAGCCCACGUGUUUUCCAGCCGGCCCACGUCCCGCAGCAGAACCCCCUGGGCUACUUCCUGCACCCGCAGCCGCAGAGCCGCCACGCACAGGGCCAGGCCUGCAACCUACAGGACCUGCCUGAAAUGCAGCUGCCCUGACCGCCGGCUCCCAGAGGCAAGGACAACCUUAGCUUGGCAACCCGAGUGCAGGCGGAGCGGGGACGGCGCCGUCGGAGCACAGACGGGUGAGGUCGGGGCCCCGUGGGGCCCGGGAUAGUCCCACCAGGGGCGGAUGGCUCUGGAGGACACCUCGUGGAUUGGGGUUUCCAUGGGGCUGAGCUGGGAUCUCCUGGUGGUACGGCCACCACUGAAGAGAGCCCUGGGGCUCUGAGUGGCCACAAGCCCCAGACGUGCCUGUCCUGGAGGGAGGGCACCUUUAAGAGCAAGGAGCAGGAGAAUACAAACGGUGGGGCUCCUGACCACCAGUGCUCAGCUCCAAAAGCAGCUGUAAACUUGGUGAGACAGAUACGCUUCGUUUGGGAGCCACGGGCAGGUGUUGGGGUGCUGCUGCAGGUCA